AUGGGAGCGCGGCAGAUGACGUCGACACGACCCCAAAAUGCAUAUCCAAGAGCCGCCUCCGUGCUCUCCUCCAGCAGCCCAACCUCCGAUCGUCUCCCUCUCCCUUUUCUGCCAGCUCAGGCGCGUCCGCUCGCCGGUUCUCGCCCGUGUCCAUCCUUCCCUCCAUCUGCACCUCUCACGCGCGCACACCCGCGAAGCUCACAACGCGCGGAGCGCCGGGGAACCGUUCCGCAUACACGGACGCUACGUUUUCUGCAUACAGGCCCGCAGGGUCCACAGAUAUGUUUCGACCUUGAUAACGCGCGAUGCAUGCUGACUUGGCAGCAAUUCACCUUACUCGUCCUCCGCGCCCCGCGUCCUCGUCUCACCUCGCCCACUCAAACGCGCAGUGCACGCGAUCGCAUGCCACGCAACAUCGAAGACGCACACGCCCUCCGCCCGGCCGGACUGCAGAUCACCAACGUGACGCAUCAUUCGCGCGCUCAACACACUAAAGAGACCGGAUGGGUGACGGCAGGUGAUGCAGAACGAUACUACGGCACGCCCAUACCUCUCCCCGCGGCGCGGCUGCCCCGUCCCACACCGCAAAGCCACCCACGCGAUCCGGACGCGAGCACGUCUCUCGACGUCCGCUCACUGUCGAGCACCGUCCAACGUUCCAGCCGCGGCACCAGCUCGUGGCACCCAGUCGAAGGGUCGAGCAUGCAGACUCCAGAAGACCGCGAGUCAGCACCCGCACCGGCGAUCUCCAGCAGCCACAGGGCGUACUUCACCACAGACAACCUACGUCCCUGCGCUCCACGUGUCCCCCGUCGUCCAGCUCCAACCCAAGCAAUUUCCACUCAGAAUGGGGUGUCCGCAUUUUCUUUGCGCCUUCCGCUCCCCUUUAAACUACCCGCUUCGUACAAGCCCGCAUAUGUCUAUCCGACGAAAGAAGCAGGCUGGUCGCGCCAGGCGCUGCAGCGCUCGUACGAACUUGUACCAGUCAUGGCAAACGAAACGUCGCAGAUCGACUUCAAUGCUGCAUAUGAUAUCCUCCCUGAACACCCCGGCUUCGGCUGCAGCGCACUUCCGUACGCUCAUGAAGUUGCAGUACCAGUCAUAUCGGCCGACACGUCGCAGUGGCGGCGUGCUGUGGACGACGCAUCUAGUCCUCCACCUCUUGGCCCGCACAUCCUACGAACCGAGACCGUCGCUGCACUGUAUGAAGCGCUCAACCGCUAUCACUUCAUUCGGGCAUAUUCCUUCUUUAUUAUGAGAGCGGUUGACUCCAAAGGUACUCAGGUUCGGGGUACGCUGGCCAGCGGCAAGACCACUCUGGCUGCACUGCUGUUCGGUCACAUUCGUGCUGAGGAGCCGAACACGGUCGUGUGCUGGAUUGGCUCGUGGCCGGAGUCUAUCCGCUACGAGUAUAACCGCUACCGAGGGUGGCUGCUGCAACGCAGGGGCUUCGUCGAAGAUGGUGUUGUGAUCAUUGGCGAAGUGCAGAACACGUACUGGUACUCCGGGUUCUGGAACUCGAUUCUGAAAGAAAUCGGGCCAAGCUCUUGGAUGCGCGUGAUCCUGUUUGCGAGUUAUGGUGACCCUCGAUAUCCGGACGCUCGGACGAACGUGCUCGCAUCCCCCCCGGUUCGAAGAGUCACUUUGCAGCGCGCGAAGGUCGCCUUCAGCCGGUGGGGGCUCUUCCUCACACCCGGGGAGUACGAGGAUUUUGCGAACACGCUCUGUGCACGUUCCCGCGUUGACGAGGAUUUCAUCAAAGCUGUGUUCGAUGUCACCGCCGGCCACGUCGGGGCUCUCGCCGAUAUGUUUACCACUGCCCGUGCUUCACGUCAGUCGUACCGCGAUCUCGGAUCCUCUGGACGACUCUUCACGACGUCUAUCGCUGGAGAAUUUCAGCGCACGAGAGCUUCUCGUCUCGCAGAAACAUCGCUCCAACAAGGUUGA